AUGGCCAACAGCAACGUUGGUAUCAAUCCAUCAAUUCCUUCUAUUCCUAUCUUCAAGGGCAGUGGAUAUGAUGCUUGGAGCACAAAAAUGAGGACUCUCUUUAUCUCUCAAGAUUUAUGGGAGUUGGUAUCUACGGGGUAUAAUGAAACUUCACUUGAGGUUCAAAAGAAGGAUGCAAAAGCUCUUUUCUUCAGUCAACAAGCUGUAGAUGAAGAUGUUUUUCCUCUCAUUAAAUUAGCCACCAAGGCAAAGGAGGCAUGGGAUGUGCUUCAAAAACGUUAUCAAGGUACUACAAAGCUGUUAGAGAUUGUUAAUCAAAUGCGAAAGUAUGGUGAGGAUGUGUCUGAUCAAAAGGUGGUUGAAAAAAUUUUAAGGAGUUUGCCAAAGAAAAAUAAUGAGUCCUGUGGCAGAAGCAAUAAUGUAAGCAACAGAAGAGGCCGUGGUGGUCAUUUCUAUCAUGGAAAACGAGGUGGCAGAGUUGGUGGACAUUCUAGAGGUCGAAAUCAAAAUCACAACGAGGAAGAGAAAACUUGUGAACCUCGCAAAUUUCAAUGCUAUUACUGUAACAAAUUUGGCCAUAUUGAAAGGUAUUGCAGGUUGAAGGAAAAGCAUAAAAAACAUGAUAAGUUUGCCGAACAAGAAGCGAAUGAUGAAAAUGAGAGUCUAUUUCUCGCUUGUUAUUCUGCAAUAGUGUGUUAUCCAAAUGUCUGGUUCAUAGAUAGCGGGUGUAGUAGUCACAUGACAGCAAACUUAGAAGCCUUUGCCAGUAUGGAUAAAUCAGUUUAG